AUGACAUCUGAAGACAGAAAAGUUAGGAAACCUCUGAUGGAGAAAAAGCGUAGAGCCAGAAUCAAUGAGAGUUUAGAACACCUCAAGCAAUUCCUCUUAGAAUUUGAUCCCGAAACGGCUAUGCGGAGGAACGGGCAAAGAAGUAACAAAUUGGAAAAAGCAGAUAUUUUGGAAUUAACCGUGAGAUAUCUUCAAAAUUUAAGGGUGAAAGUAGAGCAGAACAAAAGUUGUGGGUUCUUACCUUCUACUAGCAAUUGGACUAGCAGGAGCAGUUUUUCAAGACAAGUUCCAGUGAACAAUACUGCAGGCGGACAAGUUUUCUUUGGCAUUCCCAGGCAAUCCUGUCAACAGAACUGUGCUGCAAGUGAAACAAUUUGGAGGCCUUGGUGA